AUGACUCUAGUCCACAUCGUCCUCUUUAAGUUCCAUCCCGGGGUGACCGAGGAGCACAAACAACGCUUCGUGACAGAGCUCAAAAAGCUCAAGAACCUACCCUGUGUGAAAUCCGGACGCCUCCUCGUGGGCGGUCCCAGUGUGACCGACCCCAUAGACCGCAGCAAGGGAUUCCAGAUCGCUCUAGUAAGCUAUCAUGAGGACCUGGCUGCACUAGCAGAGUACCAGGCUAGUAAGGAGCAUCAUGAUGUGACAUCGACAUAUAUGUUUCCGUACAAGGAGGACCUGAUGAGAUUUGACUUUGAGGUUGAUGAGGAGGAUGAGUAUAUGUGUGGUUUUCCUGUCGAGACACAUAUUUUCCGCCUGAUAUAUGAGGCAUUAAGGUUACUGUACCCCGGAUUUACAGACCGCCAAGAAGGAAGAUCACGUGGCAAAGCGAGAAAGACGCGGCAACAACACCCCAGUCCAGUCCAGUCAUCCAGUGAUAGAGCAUCUUGUGAUGGGAAUGAGCCAUCAUGUAGCUCCUGCCUGAAGGCAAAGGUAUCAUGUGUGAAUGAUGGAAAACAGGAGGUCACGCGGAGAUAUAUUUCAAACAUGGAAAAUCGGAUCCGAUGGCUCGAGUCGAUUGUCAAGGAAAACUGCGCGAACGUGGAUCUAGGACUUGAACCUCGCAAUAACGCCGCGGAGAACGCAGUAGAUCAUGAUAGCACCAUACUCUCCGUCGAAAUACAGCAUGAAGACGAUCCGACCACUAGUUUGCACCAAUCCUCUCGGGAGUUUAGAAGAGAGGCUCCAGCCGUUUCAUGCAAUGAAGAGAAUACCUUCAAUCCACUGUCGGAACAGCAUCUGCAACAUCAUGUGCAGGGAAACAAUUCUGGACAUCAACCGGCGCAUGAGAUCGGACUGGUGUCGUUGUCCUCUGGUGAGGGUCCUCGAUACAUUGGGCCAUCCAGCGGGUACUUCUUUGCGAACCGUAUAUUCUCCAGCGCUGGGCGGCGUUCUAAAGCCAGAGGCGUGAGAAGGGCCACAGCAGAGUCAACUAGCCUUUCAACUGAACUACUAAGUAACCUUACCCUGCUGCCUACUCGAAAAGAAAGCGCCAUGGAACUAUCAAGGAAAUACUUCCGAACGGUACAUCUUAUCUACCCGUUCCUGCUUGAGCCGACCCACAUGUCUGUGAUUGAGCGGGUAUAUGCAUCCCACAACGAGAACCCCCUGGACUUGUUCCAAGUUUACAUGGUGCUAUCAAUCUCAGCCCUGUAUUUAUCUCGUGAAUGUAAGGUGCAUCUUCCCGUGGAGGGAUACUAUGCGUCAGCCAUGAAGUAUGUCGAGCAGGUCUGUUCAUAUGGCUCAAUUACUGCUCUGCAAUGCAUGUUACUUCUUAUGGUUUAUGCCUUGCACAACCCCUCCACUAAUGUCAAUAUAUGGAACCUGAACUACCAGUGUCUUGCUAGUGUGAUAGAUUUAGGGUUACAACGCGACGUCCGUGCAUCUCCUUCUCUUGGAAUAUCUUUGCUUGAUCAGGAGAUACGGACCCGUAUCUUUUGGGUGGUAUAUACGCUCGAUAGAGCCAUUUGUACCAUGAUGGGGCGUCCAAUAGGUAUCAGAGAUGAGGCUUGUGAGAUGAGGUUUCCGCUGGACAUACCAGACACGGGCCUUGUCAAUCCUGACCCCAACCGCAAUGAAUCACAAGAGUCACCGUCACACAUGUCGCACUCGAUCCAUCUCUUCAAAUUAGCCAAGAUGAACUCAGAGAUAAAAUAUGUUAUGCACAGCAUUCAACGUGACGUACCGAGCUAUGCCUAUCCCCCGGUGCGGGAUAUCUUCACGUGGCAGCGUGAUAUGAUUAAAACGCUCAAAGACUGGAAAUCGACAAUCCCGCAAGAAUCAACUAGUGGAGGAAACGUGAUGGCCAAGCUCUGUAAGACCAGAUAUCACGAAACAAUGGUAUUGCUACUGCGACCUAGCCCUGCAAUCCCAAAGCCAUCGGAAGAGAUGCUCGAUCUGUGUUUUCAUCAGGCAGUAGAUCUCCUGCAAACAUUUGGCGACAUUUACAGAACAGGAAGCCUGCUUUACAGCCGACUCCUUGUUCACUCGGUAUUCCUUGGGGCGCUUGUAUUACUCUACUGUAUCUGGAAACUACCGAGAACUACAGCGAAGGUGCGCGUCGAUGAACUCAUGUCGAGUCUCACCAUGGCACAGAACAUACUUAGUAGCAUCGGGGAGCACUGGAGCGAGGCUACUCGGGCGCGGGAUUGCAUCGACGAGCUAUCCCGUGUGACAAUAGAACGGCUUCUGAGAACCCAAUCGACUGUCGAAUUGCACACUGAAGCCGACAGAACGCAGUCGCGAGCUGGAGCUCUUCCUCAAGAAUACCGACCGGAAGAUACUUCCUACCACUUCAAUCUGUUUGAUGAUCUCCUGCAAGGCGACUUUCAAGGCUGGAGUGGAAUGCCUGACAUCGAUGGGCUGAUGUGGGAGGUCUUCAACAGCUCCCCACAGUGA